CCACCUUCAUUCACAACUCAGCGCAACUCAGCGUUUCUGUUUAAAUCGGCCGGCCGGUAAAAAUUUCCAGUGAGUAGCGUGACCGGCCGCGGCGUGUGUAAACGUGGUGUUUAUAACUAUAGUAAACAUUUUAAAAAAAGCUUAAUCAAAAUGAAGGGCGACAAAAAUGUAGACAUCCAGGCGCUGAAGGAUAUGGCCAACAAGCUUAGAAUCGACAGCAUCGUCGCAACAAAUGCUUCCAAAUCAGGACAUCCGACAUCAUGCGCGUCAAUGGCAGAGAUCAUGUCAGUGCUGUUCUUCCACACCAUGCGGUACAAGAUCUCCGCACCGCGCGACCCCUCCGCUGACCGCUUCAUACUCUCAAAGGGUCAUGCCGCACCGAUCCUGUACGCGGCGUGGGCGGAGGCGGGGCUGUUCCCGGUGUCGGAGCUGGCCAACCUGCGCAAGCUGGACUCUGACCUGGAGGGUCACCCCACACCGCGCCUCAGCUUCAUCGACGUGGGCACCGGCUCAUUGGGACAGGGGCUCGCCGUCGCCGCCGGCAUGGCUUACGUCGGCAAGUACUUCGACCAGGCGCCCUACAGGGUGUACUGCUUGGUGGGAGAUGGCGAGGCGGCGGAGGGCAGCGUGUGGGAGUCCCUGCACUUCGCCUCGCACUACAAGCUGGACAACCUGGUCGUCAUCUUCGACGUCAACCGCCUCGGACAGUCCGAGCCCACCUCGCUGCAGCAUCAGAUGGACGUGUACGCGGCGCGCCUCAAGGCCUUCGGGCUGAACACCAUCGUGGUGGACGGUCACGACGUCUCCGAGCUGGUGAAGGCUUUCGAGGAGGCUGCGGCGGUGACUGCUCGCCCCACUGCCGUCCUCGCCAAGACAUACAAGGGCAGGGGAUUCCCCGGCAUCGAGGACAAGGACAACUGGCACGGCAAGCCCCUCGGUGCUGAGGGAGACAAGAUCAUCAAGCACCUGCAGUCUCAGAUGAAGAGCCAGUCCCCGCAGCUGAAGGGCCGGGCUCCGCUGGCGGAGGCUCCGCGCGUGCACUUGGCGGACGUGUCCCUGUCCACUCCCCCCUCCUACAAGAAGGGGGAGCUGGUCGCCACACGGCUCGCGUACGGCACCGCGCUCAAGAAGAUCGCAGACACCAACAUGAGGGUGAUCGCGCUGGACGGCGACACCAAGAACUCCACAUUCAGCGACAAACUGCGCAACGCAUAUCCUGAGAGGUACAUCGAGUGCUUCAUAGCGGAGCAGAACCUGGUGGGAGUGGCGACUGGUGCCGCCUGCAGGGACCGCGUCAUCGCCUUCGCCUCCACCUUCGCCGCCUUCUUCACGCGCGCCUUCGACCAGAUCCGUAUGGGCGCCAUCAGUCAGUCUAACAUCAAGUUGGCCGGCUCUCACUGCGGCGUCAGCAUCGGAGAAGAUGGACCCUCGCAGAUGGGCCUCGAGGACCUCGCCCUCUUCCGCACCAUUCCCACCGCCACUGUCUUCUACCCCUCUGACGCAGUGUCGACUGAGCGCGCAGUGGAGCUGGCCGCCAACACGCCAGGUAUCUGCUAUCUGCGCACCUCCAGACCCAACACACCCGUCUUGUACAACAAUGAUGAACUGUUCAAGGUGGGUCAGGCUAAAGUGGUGAGGCAGAGCUCCAGCGACCGCGUGCUGCUGAUCGGCGCCGGAGUGACUCUGCACGAGGCUCUCACAGCCGCCACCACACUGCAUCAACAAGGUAUCGAGGCUCGUGUACUUGAUCCAUUCACAGUGAAGCCUCUGGACAAUGUGGCGGUGUUGCAACACGCGCGAGCUGUCGGCGGACAUGUUGUUGUUGUUGAGGAUCACUACCAGGCUGGAGGUCUGGGCGAGGCUGUGUUGUCUGCGCUGGCGCUGGAGCGGGACAUUGUGGUGAAGCACCUGUUCGUGUCGGGAGUACCUCGCUCUGGACCUCCAGCAGCACUCCUCGACAUGUUCGCCAUCUCCGCACCGCACAUCGCCGCCGCCGCUAAAGCGCUGCUCAAAGCCUAAACCUCCUCCCUUCCACCUCACCCUCCACCUCCUCCACCUCCUCCCACACCAGACACGUCUUCCAUACAACAUAUUGAAGUGUCAAAACUAAAGCUGCCGCAUGACAACUGCAUUGGUGACGUCGAGUUUUAAUCAAUUUGUGAUAAAAUUAAUAUCAAAUGUUUUGUGAUUCUAGAAACUGUCAACUCAACAACACUGUGUUGUGUUUUCCUUUACAUUUAUUAAGAGUUAAUAUUAGAUAAGAUUGUAAUGUGUAAUUGAUCAAAUGUAAU